AUGCGUGAGUCACAUAAUCAAAUGAUGUCUAGUGGUCGUAAAAGUAAAAAACUGGUCAUUGUUGGUGAUGGCAUGUGUGGAAAAACAUGCCUUCUUUUUGCUUUUAAAGAUGAUAAAUUUAUUCCAACACAUGAUGCAACAAUCUUUGACACUUAUGUGGCAGAUAUCGAAGUUGACGGAAAAACGGUGGACUUGGCGUUAUUCGAUACAGCUGGUCAAGAAGAUUAUGAUCGUCUACGUCCAUUAUCAUAUCCUGAUACCAACGUAGUUCUGAUCUGUUUUAGUGUGGAUAGUCCUGUAUCAGCUACAAGUGUUAUUGAAAAAUGGAUGCCUGAAAUACGUCAUUUUUGUGGUCUCUGUCCGGUUAUCUUGGUAGCAUGUAAAAAAGAUCUUAGAACAGAUCCAUUCACAAUUCAAAAACUCAAACAAGAAGAUGAAAAACCUGUAUCGCAAGAAGUCGGAAGACAGAUUGCAAAUCAAAUCAAAGUAAAUGAUUAUAUAGAAUGUUCAGCCAAAACUCGUGAAGGUGUGCAUGAACUUUUUGUACAUGCAGCAAGACUUGCAUUAAAAAAACCAAACAAACGUCCACAUUGUAUAUUUUUAUAA